AAUAGAAAAAUCCAACUUUUUCUUCUCUACUCGCUAUUUUUAGACAAGAGAGAGAGAGAGAGAGAGGUUCUGAAAGAAGAAUAAAACGAAACUUGUUGAGAUAAGAGGAAGAUUCGUUUGUGCAAAGAGAGAGAGACAUGGUGUUCCGAGGCGACACGGUGAUGUCCGUAGCCCACUUAUCUGCGGAUAUAUUUCAGCGGUGGAUUCCUGCGUCGGAACGAAUCAGAAGCGGGGAGAUGUUGCAGCUCGUCUGCUGUUUUCCGCUUCAGCAACUGGGUCGGUUCGUGUCAUGGUUCUGGAACUAUAUCUGUGUUCCACCGCCUGAGAUUUUAAAUUAUGAGAGAUCAUCAUCAUCGUCGUCUUCUUCGAUUGUUAAUAGCCAGAACUACUAUCAUCUUCAUUUGGAGUGACUAUGUUUUUCAUUUCAAGUAUUAUUUUGUAUAGAAAAAAAAAACUACUUGGCUUGAGUUUGGAUAGAUCGGAGUAUGUUUAUCAAUCCUUGUUUAUAGAAAAACAAAGUAGUCAUGAGAUCUUGAGUAUUUGGUGGUGCAUAUAGUUUAGAUCAGUCUUUUGUUGAUAAUGUUUUUGUUAAUUCGUGAAGGGCUAUGUAAUGAUACAUACUUUUAGGCUAGAAACUAGUGUGGAUGAUCAAGUUCUCAAGUAAUGGUUCUUCUUUGUGUAAAGAUCGGUUUUUUGAAGCAGAGUGGUCUCAAGAUAAAGCGAGGUACGUUAAUCAGAUCAUUCAACUCACUUAGUAUCUUCUUUGGGAGUGUGUAAUCCAUUUUAGGUGGUAAAGUUUGAACCUUUAUUGUGUGUGUUUGAUAAAUUUACACUGUAUUCUUCUUGGAGGUGUCC